UCCUCAUCUCAGACGAGCAGAGCACCCAGGGGAGUAAUUAUUCAUGACUUAAAUGGCGGAGGGACUACUUCUGGAAAACAAUGGAAAACCCAGCGCGCAUCUUACGAAGCCUCUGCUGGCGGUGGCUUUCAUGGCCUCGUUCGGCAGCUCCAUGCUCUAUGGCUACAAUUUGGCAGUCGUCAACUCUCCUGCACAGUACAUCAAAGACUUCUACAAUGAGACGAUGGUAGAACGUUACGACUGGGCUCUGGAUGAGGAGCUCCUCACCGUCUUGUACUCCGUCACCGUGUCGAUCUUUGCUAUCGGUGGGAUGACCGGGGCCCUGCUGGUGGGCAGACUGGUGACCAAAUAUGGAAGGAAAGGGACGCUGGUGAGAUCCGCUAUGCUGGUGUUUAUAGGAGGAGCUCUUAUGGGCUUCAGCAGAGCAUGCAGGAUGCCCGUGAUGGUCAUUGUUGGACGCUUCAUCACAGGAGUACACUCAGGUAUCUGUCUCAGUGUGGUGCCGAUGUACCUCGGUGAGAUCGCCCCCAAGAACCUGCGAGGCUUCCUGGGCCUCGUUCCCAGCAUUCACAUUUGUCUCGGAGUCUUCCUCGCUCAGGUCCUGGGACUCUCUGAGCUGCUGGGAAAGGAGGAGUACUGGCCUCUGCUGCUGUCCCUGGUGGUGUUUCCUACCAUCAUCCAGCUGAUGUUCUUGCCCUGGUUUCCAGAGAGUCCGCGGUACCUGUUGAUCGAGAAGGGAAAUAUUGACGCCACCAUCGCAGCCCUGAAGUGGUACCGUCCGAAAGGAAGCAUCCAGGCGGAGGUUGAUGAGAUGCAGGAGGAGCAGCGCUCUCUGUCUUCCAUCCAGACCAUCUCCAUUUGGGGCCUGCUCAGGGACCGCUCUGUUCGUUGGCAGGUCAUUACCGUUGCGGUGGCCAACAUCGGCAUGCAGCUGUCUGGCAUCGAUGUGAUCUGGUUCUAUACAAAUGACAUUUUUAAGAACGCAGGAAUCCCAGAACCUCAUAUUCAGUACACGACUGUGGCAACUGGUGCCAUCGAGGUCAUCUCUGGGAUGCUGGGGUGUUUCACUAUCGAGCGUCUGGGCAGAAGACCUCUGAUGAUUGGCGGCUUCCUCUUCAUGGGUCUCUGCUGUUCUGGCAUCACAGUGUCUGUCCUCUUACAGACGCAGCUGUCCUUCAUGCGCUACAUCAGCGUGGGCUGCGUUGUCGGGAUUAUUGCUGGUUUCUGCAUCGGUCCAGCCGGUGUGCCUUUCCUGAUCACUGCAGAGCUGUUCAAGCAGUCACAUCGACCGGCUGCCUACACUGUGGCCGGAUGCCUCAACUGGAUGUCCAACUUCACCAUCGGCUUCGCCUUUCCCUUCCUGGAGAACGCCACAGGUCCUUACUGUUACCUGAUCUUCUGUGUGGUCUGCUUGGGAGUGGCCGUCUACACCAUCUUCAUUAUUCCUGAGACCAAGAACAAAACCUUUAUGGAGAUCAGCCAGAUGUUCGCUGCCAGGAACAACAUCCUCGAAGAAGAUUUGACUUCCAACGGUCAUCUCAAAAUGGCUAUGAGGAACGGCUAUGGAACUCUUAGUGAAAAAUAAGAAGGUGGGAGAUGAGGAGGUGGACCUGCAUGUGAAUGAUGGUCUCCUCUCUCAGUGUGCCUUCUUGGUUUGUAAUGACUGAAGUAACUACAGCGGAGAUAAAAGGUGGAACUUUUGUGGCCACGAUGAGAUCUACUGCUUCAUGUGAAAACUACGAGGCCGUCGCCUACACACACUUUCUACACACACAAAAGUUCCUGUUUCAACCGUUAAUCCCCAGUCAAAGUGCAGCUCCUGUACUUUAUGUGAGACAGGAGUCACGCGGUCCUGCGUUUCAAAUCAACCAUCAGUGACAUUUUAAUCCGUUUUUCUGCAUCUUAAAGUGUUUUUACGGGAGCCGAGUUGGUUUCUCACGGAGCUCUCGGACGCUUUAAUCUCCAAAUUAGCUUCGCUUUGUUGUAACACAUCCCAUGAUCACUUUAUUGAUGAUAGUUGGUGGCAAAUACUGACUCUU